AUGAGCGCUGACGAGAUCCUCCAAUGCCAAAAACCGCUCUCAUCUACCGAACCAAUCGAUGACUUCUUAUUCAAAAAUCACUACCGAUCCGAGAAAAAUCGCGACGUUUGUCGGGAAUAUUUGAAAGAGCUGAAGGACUCAUGCUAUUCAUUGGCACCAUGUUGCAAGACGGCUAUUCAGAGCUGUGAAGAUCAACUGAACUCAUCGCAACUUCAAGAUCGACUCAGAGAAUCCAUCGAGCGCCUAACUCGACGACACAACGAAUGCGAGAAGAGCAUGAUCGAAACGUUGAAACUUUUCC